AUGGGGUGGGUUCAAAAUACAAAUGCGAAGAUCGCAAGGAGCGCUGUCGGGCGGUACUUCAAGCUCGAAGGGUCAGGCCAUGCUCGAGAGCGGAAAGGAGCCGUGUUCUCUACCGAGAUCCGGGCAGGUCUUGCUGGCUUUUUCGCCAUGGCUUAUAUUCUGGCGGUGAAUGCCAGCAUUCUGAGCGAGUCUGGAGGUACCUGCGUUUGCAAUGGCCGAUCCGAUGAUCCCAUAUGCGAGGUGAACGAGGAGUACCUCCUGUGCAUCGCCGAGGUAAAACGUGACCUUGUGACGGCCACUGCCGCUAUCUCUGCGCUGUCGUCUUUCUGCAUGGGCUUAUUCGCGAAUCUGCCCGUCUCCCUUGCGCCUGGUAUGGGCCUCAACGCCUACUUCGCCUAUACGGUCGUCGGUUUCCACGGCACAGGGGGUACGCCAUACUCUGUGGCUCUGACAGCCAUCUUCGUCGAGGGCUGGAUCUUCUUCGCCCUCGCCCUCUUUGGUAUGCGUCAAUGGCUGGCGCGCGCGAUCCCUCGGUCGAUCAAGCUCGCAACGAGUGUCGGCAUAGGGUUGUUCUUGACCAUUAUCGGCGAGGGAAUCGGUCUCUUGCAAGGCGCUACUUCGACGCCGCUGGUGUUGGCUGGUUGCACGUCCGACUCGUUCGACGAGGACGGGUUGUGCCUCGAUUCUGCAAAGAUGAGAAACCCGCAACUGUGGAUUGGAAUAUUCUGUGGCGGUGUGCUAACCGUGAUGCUCAUGAUGUACCGGGUCAAAGGAGCCAUUAUCGCGGGUAUCCUGCUCGUCAGCAUCAUAUCGUGGCCGCGUACCACCUCCCUCACCUACUUCCCAUACACAGCCGUUGGCAACGACGCCUUUGAUUUCUUCAGGAAGGUGGUGGAUUUCCACAGGAUAUCGAAGACCCUUGUUGUCCAGCAGUGGGACAUAUCAGAAUACGGAGGGCAGUUCGGUCUGGCGCUCAUCACUUUCUUGUACGUGGACAUACUCGACUGCACUGGCACCCUGUACUCGAUGGCCCGGUUCGCCAACGUCAUGGACCCCGUCACCGAGGACUUCGAGGGCUCGUCGGUUGCCUACAUGGUCGACGCCAUCAGCAUCUCCAUCGGGUCGCUGCUGGGCUGCUCCCCGGUGACGGCGUUCGUCGAGUCCGGGGCGGGCAUCUCCGAGGGCGGCCGGACCGGGCUGACGUCGAUGGUGACGGGGAUAUGCUUUUUCAUCUCCGUAUUCUUCGCGCCCAUCUUCGCGUCGAUUCCGCCGUGGGCCACCGGCUGCGUCCUCGUCCUCGUCGGCUCCAUGAUGAUGCCCGCCGUCACCGAGAUCAACUGGCAGUACAUGGGCGACGCCAUCCCGGCGUUCGUUACUAUUGCUGUUAUGCCCUUCACGUACAGCAUCGCCAACGGGCUCAUCGCCGGCAUCUGCCUGUACAUCCUGAUCAACACGCUGGUAUACGUGGUCGAGAAGGCGUCGGGCGGGCGCAUCGUGCCGCACAACAAGGCCACGAAGGACCCCUGGACGUGGCGGAUUCCCGGCGGGGUCUUGCCGCCGUGGAUGAAGCGCGCGGCGGGUGGUAAGAAGGACUUCUGGCGCGCCGACCCCCUGCCUGUGAGCGAUUCCUCUUCGGAUACGCCGGGCGCGGAGAAGAUGGCCAGGACGAACUCGACGGAGUUGGCCAAGGGGCAGCCGGUGCUCGUGCCGGAACACGCUCAGGAGAAGCGUGCUUGA